AUGAGGAGUCAUCAAAGCAAGCUGCAGGAUUCCUCUUCCCCUGAGCAAGAGGAACUGAGGAAGUCUAUGGCGAAAGAUUUCGGCGUCGUCUUCAUACUGUGCCUCAUUGCAGUGAUGGCGCUAUCUGCUUUCUGCAUCCCCUGCGUCCUGAGUUCCUUGAAGGAGUGGUGGGCUCGUUGGCGGAAUCGCGGAACCACCACGAACGAUAACAUCUCCGGAUCUGUGACCACCGCCGCCCCUUCUCCCUAUGGCCUCGACCCGGAGCUGCUCUCAGUACUGAUGCCCGCUCACAUCUAUUCGGCGGCCGCCACCCGCGAGAAGCAACAGUGCGCUGUGUGCAUAACGGAGCUUCGGGACGGAGACGAGGUGCGUCACCUGGCCAGGUGUCUACAUCUUUUCCAUGUGGACUGCAUCGACGUGUGGUUGAGGUCUCACACGAGCUGCCCGGUUUGCCGGGCCAUGGCGUUGUAA